CAGGAGGCCGUGCGGAUGAACCAAAAGCAAGCAUUGUCGUGCAACGAACGCGUGCAGCAGCUCUUGGCGCAGGACGAAGAGAAGUCUCGGCAAUUGCGGGAGAUGACGUUGAAAUUGGAGCGUCUCCAGUGGGAAAGUGCUCGCGUUGCACGAGCUCAUGAUAGACUCUUAGAAGACGUGAGUACUCGAUUUCACUGA